CAGGCCGCGGCGCGCGCCUUCUUCCCACGUUGCUCGGGCGGCGCCGGGCGGCGGGCCUGCUGGGGAGCGUCGCUCGCCCGGAGGUCUUUGUCCUGAGGGCGUGGAAGGGGAGGGUCCCUGGGGCGUGGAAGAUGCGCACUUCCCGCUUUGUGCGCUUUAUCCGCGCUUGCGGCGGCGCCGCGGCCUUUCGUCUGGCGCCACCAUGUGCGGGCUGGUGAGCGAGCGGCCUCCGCCCCGAGGUCACCGCCUGCCGAUCUCCUCGCCCGCCCCGGACCUGGGCUCGGCCUGGCCCAAGGCCUGGGGUUCGGACUUGGCGCUUCGGGCCGCCUCGGGCAUCGCAGGGCCCCGGCCUUCGCCGCCGGCCGUGGAGGACGCGUUCCCCCAGGAUCGCCACGACGCGAGCAGCAAUGGGAACCCGCGCCUCCCCCACCUCUCCUCCGCCGGGCAGCACCUCUACAGCCCCGCGCCACCCCUCUCCCAUACUGGAGUCGCCGAAUACCAGCCCCCGCCCUACUUUCCACCGCCCUACCAGCAGCUGGCCUACUCGCAGUCGGCCGACCCCUACUCGCACCUGGGCGAAGCUUACGCCGCUGCCAUCAACCCCCUGCACCAGCCGGCGCCCACCGGCAGCCAGCAGCAGGCCUGGCCGGGCCGCCAGGGCCAGGAGGGGGCUGGCCUGCCCUCGCACCACGGGCGCCCCGCCGGCCUGCUCCCCCACCUCUCCGGGCUGGAGGGUGGUGCCAUGAGUGCCCGCAGGGAUGCCUACCGCCGCUCCGACCUGCUGUUGCCCCACGCGCACGCCCUGGAUGCCGCGGGCCUGGCCGAGAACCUGGGACUCCACGACAUGGCUCACCAGAUGGAGGAGGUGCAGAAUGUUGACGACCAGCACUUGCUCCUGCACGACCAGACUGUUAUUCGCAAAGGUCCUAUUUCAAUGACCAAGAACCCCCUGAGUCUCCCUUGUCAGAAGGAACUGGUGGGGGCUGUGAUGAAUCCCAGCGAGGUCUUCUGCUCCGUCCCUGGAAGAUUGUCCCUCCUCAGCUCUACGUCUAAAUACAAAGUGACAGUCGCUGAGGUCCAGAGGCGAUUGUCCCCGCCUGAGUGCUUAAAUGCCUCAUUACUGGGAGGUGUUCUCAGAAGAGCCAAAUCUAAAAAUGGAGGCCGGUCCUUGCGGGAGAAGUUGGACAAAAUUGGGUUGAAUCUCCCAGCCGGGAGGCGGAAAGCUGCUCAUGUCACCCUCCUGACGUCCUUAGUAGAAGGUGAGGCUGUUCAUUUGGCUCGGGAUUUUGCAUAUGUCUGUGAAGCAGAAUUUCCUAGUAAACCAGUGGCUGAAUAUCUCACGAGACCUCAUCUUGGAGGGCGGAAUGAGAUGACCUCUAGGAAGAACAUGCUGUUGGCUGCACAGCAGGUGUGUAAAGAAUUCACAGACCUUCUCAAUCAAGACCGAACCCCCAACGGGAACAACCGGCCCACCCCGGUCUUGGAGACGAACAUACAGAACUGCUUGUCUCAUUUCAGCCUGAUUACCCACGGGUUUGGCAGCCAGGCCAUCUGUGCCGCUGUGUCUGCUGUGCAGAACUACAUAAAAGAAGCCCUGAUAGUCAUAGACAAAUCCUAUAUGAAUCCUGGAGACCAGAGUCCAGCUGAUUCCAGCAAAACCCUGGAGAAAAUGGAGAAGCACAGAAAAUGAAGUACGGGCGUGAGGCCGAGGGCUGAAGAGUGUCGAAGGAAAUGGACUCCACAGUCAUUCUCCACCCGGACAGACUGGGAACCCCUUUUGCCGGGGACAGUUUGUUACCCGCCUUCCCAUUAAAAAGGCCUCCACUCGUUUCUGGAUCUUUUACGUGCCCUCCUGGAUUCCUUAGUGUUACUUCUCUAGCGCUGAAGUGUGUGUGUCUCCUUAAGUCUGGACAAGUUAUCGGAAGGUGACAAGUACUGGUUCUUUAUUCAUUAAGCUUAUUUUAUUCUUUUGAACCCCAUUCUUUUCUCUGAAAGUGGUGCUACAAGUUUUAGAACCUUUUAAAUAAAUUCCCUGGGCUCACGAGAAAACCCACACACGUAGCUGUUGAAAUGUCACAUUGAUGCGAUUCAGAUCAACAGUAACUUUGCAGUGUUAAGGUGAUGGCUGGCUUUUUGUCUCCACUAAAUAUUUAUCUAAAAAUAUUUAUCUGGCUUCUUCAGACACCAAAUCCUACAGAGAUGGUAGGAAGCAAAGAUUCUCUCCACUUAGCAACUAGUUUAAUAGGAGGUAUUUGACACGCUUUUAAACCCCUUGUUGAAAGGGGGCUUUUGAGUUUUACGAAACUUGUAGAAAUGAAGCCUGCUGAGGAUUUCGUGUUUUCUCUCUCUUUUUUUUUUUUUAAUUCUGAGAGUUAACUCAUCGAUGGAGAGACUGAAAUGUCCUGUUCCUUUAAGGUACUGAAGCUUUAUUUGCAUAAUUUAUUUCACAUCUUGGUAUUUCGAGUAAACUUGAAAAGGGGAGGCAUAAAGGGUUUUUUUUUUUGUUCGUUGUUCUUUUGUUUUUGCUGCCCAUCCCGUAGGAGGCUCUGUGUGUUGAGAAACAGUGCGUCGAGUGUACAGGUUUUAUUUAUGCAUAAUUUAAUGGGGUCUGUAAAUAUGGGUGCACUUCUUAUGACUUUUUUGACAAAUGGGAUUCAAUUUUAAUAUUGACUUUUAAAGGUGAUGGGGUAAUCUGAAACACUUCUUUAGGUUUUAUUCCUCUGUACACAGGGUAUGACAAAAAUAAGAGGAUCCUGAGUUGGUUCUUAACGCCGCCGAUGACUAUUUAAAUGACAAACCUCUGGUCAUGAAGCAGUAAUGUUGUGUCACGUCCCCCCAUCAUGCAGGACCGGCAGACGGGGGUGGGGUGGCGUGUGCUGUACCUGUGUGGGGGUGAAAUGGAGGCUUGGAAAUGGCUGUAAACGGUCCCCGAGUAAUUGUGUCUACGAUGCCUGUAUAAUAAAAAAGUAUUCUUCAUAGAAGCUGCGAAA